UUUUUUCUUUAUUGUUGUUUGUUUGAUUUGCCUACAUCCAACUUUUUCUUCAAUAGGAACUCCUAUUUGGGUAUAGGCCUCCUCCAGUUUAAUCCAAUUUUCUUUGUCCUUGGUUCGUUUAAUCCUUUCUUUUCUAGCGGUGACUAUGAAUCAUCUCUCCAUCGUGUCAUAUGUCGUCCUUUCCUUCUUUUCCCACUAGGCCCUUUCCAUUUUGUCUCUUCAAUUGUCCAUCGUUUGUGGAAAUUCAUAGUUAUCUACUCAUUAUCCAUCCGCACAGCGUGGUGACACUAAUCGAGCCCAGAUUUCGAGAUAAAGCGAUCGACUGGGAUUUUGUACCGAUUACCAAACUGACCUCAGUGUUUCCCGACGCGAGAGACCGCCGGAAAUAUUAAUGUCGGAAGGACAUAUUUGUUUCAUAACAAACGGAAUUUCUGGAUUUAAAUUGCGAAUUAUAAAAAAAUAAUUCAUUUUUGUUAGUAGUUGGACGGUCAAUUUAGCACACGACAGCGUAGUAGCGCUGGAUAACAUUACUGCAAAUACUAUCCGCGCGUCUCCUUCGUAGGCGCUCGGGCAGCUGUUAGCAAAUCCCACCCCUUCUGGCUUUGCUCGCCCACCUGUCCUGGUGAAACUGGAAAGGCCUCCGGGCCACCAGUAAUCCUCCAUACCUAAAAAUACAUAAAAAUAAUACUACCCGCACCGAGCGGUGUAGUCAAAUAUUAAAAUCGUAUAUCACAGCCGCGAUCGCGUCUCCAAUCUAUGUAAGAAUUCCAAAAAUUUUAUUCGAAUCGAAUUUAUUUUCUUACACAAUGUUAUUUAAAAGGUUUUUUUUGAGUGGACGAGCUCACUGCCCAACUUGUGUUAAGCGGUUACCGAAGCCGCCCACCUUGAGACAUCUAAUCUCAGUUUUUAAAGUACAACGGCUGCCCUACCCUUCAAACCGAAACGCAUUAUUGCUUCACGGCAGAAAUAGGCAGGGCGGUGGUUCCUACUCGCGCGGACUCACAAGACGAUUUAACAGCAAAACUGGUGCCUUAAUUGUGAAGAUUAAAGAAUACAAACGAACAUACAUAGAAGAUAUGCUUACGAUUUUAUUACAUUUAUAGAAGACAUCGUGUCGGAUCGUUAUUGCCGUAUCGUUAUCGGUAUAUAUAAAUAGCUAACCCGUAGCAAGGUCUGCAAUUGCUGAAACAUUUGUAAGUUGCACAGUGCACUUACACUCUCAGUUCUCGAAUAUAUUAAGUGUAUAAUCUAUGCUCUCAGUUGCACAACAGAGGGCGCGCGGAGCACUCGCCUUCAAUGUUCAUAGUUCUUUAAUUAAUUAAUUUACGUUUGCAAAUGUUUGUGAUAGUUUCUUUGUGAAUCAUUAAAAAUAUGUUUGUUGUACUGUGGUUACUGCUGGUAGCGGCAGUGAGUGGAGAGAAAUUCCGGUUCCCCGAUGAACAGUCUUCAGCGUCUUUGCGUAUAGACACAAAAGUUAAAUUCAUUGACAGCCGCGGUGACGAUGUCAGAUCCCACCGUGAAUCCAAGGUGCAAGCAGACGAGAUCCCGUUUCGUGAACCAGAAGAAACUGAAGGCUUCUAUAACAGACCCCAGGGAGAGGGAAGGUAUCCAGUAAGAGUGGAAGAGCACGCACAGUCUCCAUACAGAGUUCAGAGUCAAGCUGUUUUGACUGUUGAUGUACCUAAAAACUACGAUUCAGAUGGAACUCUUGAUUCUCUGCAGUACUGCAAAUGUGUUGACACUCCUGACUGCAACCCAAGACCUGGCAGUGCGAGAGCAUGUGGCUCUGGAAAGUACCUGUGUUGUUACAAGCGUAAGCAGAGCAACAAAGUAAAUUCAUAUCAGUCAGAAUACUUCAACGAAGUGGAAGACGAGCGUCCCAUGCUAUUGCCGGGACAACAGAACUUAGCCCGGCCCUUCCCCCCGCCUCCUGCUUCCGAAAUAAACGGAGUUCUUGGCCCGGGACCCGCUCAUCAAGUCGGUUUACUCGGACCAUUUGAUACACCACAAGGCUUCCUGGUCGGACCACAAAACCCAACAGGAAACGUUGGAAACCCAGGAGUAUUAGUUGGACCGGGAGGUCCUACUGGUUCUAUAGGUCCAAACCGAGAUCAAAACCAAGCCGUCUUAGUUGGUCCGGACGGACCUACGGGUGUGAUUGGACCUGAUGGCCCAAGAGAUGUAGGUUUCAGCGAAUCCGCACAAAGAGGAGUACUCGUUGGUCCAGGUGGACCUACUGGAAUCAUUGGUCCCGGAAGAAACUACGGAAGAAGACCUGUACUGACUGGACCUGGUGGACCAACAGGCAUAAUCGGUCCUGGCAGGAACGGAAAACGAGGUGUGUUAGUGGGUCCAGGUGGUCCGACUGGUUACAUUGGUCCUGGCUUCGGCCGUCAAGGGAGCCCUGGUGUAUUAGUAGGGCCCGGGGGACCCACUGGUACCAUCGGCCCAGGACGGUCAAUACUCGUGGGUCCUGGUGGGCCUACAGGGCAGAUAGGGCCCCAAUAUUUUAACUAGUUUAUUUAUGGCUAAUACUUAUUAAUAAGUCGAUGUAAGAAUUUCCGAAUUUCCAUUUUCUUCUUCUUUGUCGGUAUCGCUCUUCACAGAGUGGUCGUGGUCAUCACUACAGGUGCUAGUGGCCAGCUUCACAACACGCCAUCACUUCUCUCUUUCCAUUUUACUUAUCUAAAUUCACACAAUUUACCGCGGAGUAUUAUUAUCUACAAUAAAAACUAUAGCAAGAGGAGCUUCAGGUGGAUAUACACCCUGCAGAUUUGUCAAAAAUUAUAAAUCCAUCGUAAUGUCAAACAACAGAAAUAACUAAAUAAAUUUAGCAAAAAUAUAGAAGAAAGCUCCUUUUACUCCCGGUAUUGUGUGCUUUUUAAAAAUCGUUGUGAUGUUUACCUUAGGUUGGUCUGCAUGAAUGUAGUUUUAGUCUCGUGUAAAUAUUAUUGUUCUAAUCUAAUGUAAGCUGAGAGUGCUAACCGCAAUAAACUGAGUGUUGUCGA